AAGUCUGUCCGGACUCGAACAUACUCACCGGUCCCUGCGUGCGCAGUGGAGGAGACGAGGGCAGGGCCUACCGUCGUGUUGAGUUUGAGGAAUGGCAACGAGAGGGCUGCGAGUGCAAGAAGGCAGCCCCGCGGGUCGUCCGGAAGCUUUGCGGUUGUCGCAAGAACGUCUGGUAUCGUCAGGAGUGCCGGAAAACCGAGGCGCAACCCGGUGGCGUUCUGGUCAUCCACCGCAUCCGAGAGAAGCUGGCUUCACAGUCCGGUAAAGAAUUGCCCGUGUGCAAAGUGGAGGUACGGAAGUCGGUCAGGAAAAUUGGUGAGUUUGGGAAUGUCUCGAUCCUUGUUACACUCUCUGAAAAAGGUGACAUCCGCUCGAAAAUCAACCAAAAUAGUCAUAAUCAGUCCUCCUUGAAUUGGCGCUGUUACCUCUGGCAGCCAAGUACGCCAACUUCCUACCACACACUAUGCCUCUGCAAAAAAGUACUCAAAAAUAUUUGUAGAAAACCCAUUUGCACAUGAGCGGCGAGUUUUUAUUGGUCAAGUCUCCGGCCAAUCCAACGUUGCCAUGACGGAGUCCAUUAUGGGUCUUGGGUGUCCCGUGAGUGAGACUCCUGGACCGCGGUUGCUGGGAUUUGCGCCUAUAUACAGCUGUUACAACCUGUAGGAAUGCGUACGCUAUAAUCACACAACAGCUUCCUCAACAUGUUUAGUACUGAGGGUAAGGAACUCGGUGUUUGCCAUUGACCAACUUUUAAAUCUUACUUCAGUAAGCUCUUCACUUCUGGGAAAGUCUGUUUGUGUGUCCACAGAAUUGUCAGUGUUCCAUUCCAAGGAUUUGUAUCUCAUGACCUACUACUUUGAAGGCGGGCUUAGACCACCUCCCCCACUGGGGCGCAAGUGAGCGCAGACAACACUCACGCAUUAACGGCGGCGUUGGCACGCGCGCGUCAAGAGAAGGCAACCAAUGGGUGCACCGAUGACGUAACGCAGUUAUCCAAUCACAUGUCUCAUCACUCUUAUCGCGUGCAGUCGCGUUAGGAGCACAUCUAGUCGCCGUAGGAUGCUACGCGUCCAGGGCCUUUAUUCCUAUCAAGACUGGCUCAAACUGUAGGUAACUAAAACGCCGAAGUAGCACCCUUGCGUUGCCAGUGGUAGAGUAACUCCGAGUUAUCGCCAGUUGCCCUGAGUUGAGCGUCGCGAAUCCCAUAUCCAACAAACAUGUCCUGGGGGGACAAGCUGGAACUGACUAGGCUGGUGAACUUCUCCAAACAUGAAACGGCAACCGAGGCAUUUUCCUCGGAAACAACCACUCAUCCUCUUAAUCCUAGGGUAUGCAUAAUAAGUCAUUUAGUAACAAAACAGCCAAGCAACAUUUUCAUGGAGACUGUAAAGCCCAGGUUAAUCAUUCACUCAGAUCAGU